GGCAUGUGGGCGCUGAAGCUUUCGUCCGUGCCGAUCUAUCAGACGCUUAAGCGCAUGUCGCCCCUGCCGGCCAUGCUGCUGGAUGCCCUGUUGCGCCGCAAGGCCUUCAGCUUGCGGAUCCGCGUGUCCGUCCUCACCGUGUGUGCGGGCGCCUUUGUCGCUGGCUGCGGCGACCUCGACCGCAACGUGCUCGGCUACCUCCUCGCGGCGGCGUCGUGCGUGCUGCAGGCCCUCUACCUCGUCCUCGCAGCUCGCGCUGACGACGAGCUCGCCCUGGGUGCCCAGGGGCUGCUCUACUACUCCUCGCUCCUCGCCCUGCCGCUUCUCGUCGCGCCGGCCGUGCUCCUCGGCGAGGCCUCGAGGCUGGCUGCGUACGACCACUGGCGCGAGCCUGCCUUUGGCGCGACGCUCGCCCUCACGCUGGCCAUCGGCGCGUCGCUCCAGCUGCUGCUCUUUUGGUGCACGCUUGUGACGAGCGCCGUGACCACGCUCAUCGUCGGCAACCUGAAGGCUGUCACGACGACGCUGCUCGGCUUCUGGCUCUUCGGGCGCGUGCGGCUGCAGUGGUUUGGGCUCGCAGGCGUCCUCAUCAACACGCUCGGAGGCAUCCUGUACUCUGUCUUCAAGUUCCGAGAGUCGAACAACAGCAGGGCGGGGUGAGUACCCGCCUCGUUUUAAA